UAUAGUUCCCUUGUCGAGCUUGUCAUCCCGUGUGCGCUCGCUGGUUCCUGGUGUGGUACGGACAGAGUCUUAACUGAAGAUGGCUGCAGGCAAAGCGCAGAUCGGAAAGCUGGCCCCAGACUUCACAGCCAAAGCGGUGAUGCCGGAUGGAGAGUUCAAGGACCUGAAGAUGUCCGACUACAGAGGAAAGUAUGUGGUCUUUUUCUUCUAUCCGCUGGACUUUACCUUUGUGUGUCCCACGGAGAUCAUCGCUUUCAGCGACGCCGCUGAGGAAUUUAGGAAGAUUGGCUGCGAGGUCAUCGCCGCCUCCGUGGACUCUCACUUCUCCCACUUUGCAUGGACCAACACGCCCCGUAAACAGGGCGGUCUGGGUGCCAUGAAGAUCCCGCUGGUGUCCGACACGCGCCGCACCAUCUCCACGGAUUAUGGAGUCCUGAAGGAAGACGAAGGUAUCGCUUACAGGGGUCUGUUCAUCAUUGAUGACAAGGGCAUCCUGAGACAGAUCACCAUCAAUGACCUCCCGGUUGGACGUUCGGUUGAGGAGACUCUGCGUUUGGUUCAAGCUUUUCAGUUCACCGACAAACACGGAGAAGUCUGCCCAGCCGGCUGGAAACCAGGAAGUGACACCAUCAAGCCAGACGUCCAAAAAAGCAAAGACUUCUUCUCCAAACAGUAAUAAACUCAAGGCCAUCAUUUGCAGCCUGCUGUAGCAGAUUUCACUUUGUGAUUACAUUUCUUAUCUUAUAGUCUGCUGCUGUGUCUGGUUAGGAGGUUUUCAUAGUGACUGUGCUUUUUAAGAUGUUUCUGGGUAGAGUGAACAGUGCAUGUAGACCAAAAUGUGUAAUUAUGCUGUGGAAUUGUGAUUUUUAUUUUUAGACAGAGAUAAAUAUCUGUUUGGUCUAUCGUGUCAUUCCUCACUGUCGUUACAUGCAAGGGACCUUAUAAAAACUUUCACUGGACUGAAUCCAGACCACGCAUUUGGUUUUAUGCUUUUUUCCCCUUCUUUUUUACAGUUAAAAGUUAUUUCAUUUAAAUAAAGACUUUAAAAAUAA